CAUUCAGUCAACAUCAGUCUCGAUAUUAAUGAAGUGAAUUUGGUAUUUAGACCAUGUCGAUUGUACAGAAAAAACCGAGGAGAACAAUCGUGAAUCGACAAGCCUUCCACGACCAUGAGCACGGCUGCAUCGACGUCAAGAUAAAGAAUAUUUGUUGCAUCUUCUGUAAAAGAACGUUCGCUAUCAGAGACUAUGAAUUGGGAAAGCGUGUGAUGCCCUUGACUCGAUCAUGUGGUCACGCAAUUUGCGAUACGUGCUCGAAAGUGCGAACCCACGAGGCCUGUGUCAUCUGCAAAGAUACACCACCAGAAGUUGCCAGCAAUCAAAUAGCUGAACCACCGCUCAAUGUUUACGCUAUGGGGCUGUUGAAUAUCCACAGAUCGAAACCGAGAUACAGUAACGAGCCUAGGAUGAAUUUCGAGAAGUCACUUAGGACAAAGGCACAGCAAACUAUUGUUGCUGAACGCUGUCAUGAGUGUGGGGAAGUUGCAAUGGUCAAAUGUGUACAGUGCAAACACAUAUACUGCAAGAGCUGUUUCGGCAAGGUGCACGUCUUCAAAACGAAUAAAGACCACACAAUGGCGUCACUGGAUGCAGGACUGGCUGGUUUAGUAGUUCUUCCAAUUUUCUGUGACGAACACAAAGACCAAAAGUUCAAGCUCUGGUGUGAAAACUGUGAAGAGCCUUCGUGUCAAGAGUGUGGCUUUGAAAUUCAUCGUGCCCAUACUGUUGUAAAACUCAAGGAAAAGAAUCGACAGCUGCUGGAGGAGUUCAAGGAGGCGUACAAAAACGUGGCAGAGACGUUCCUCUACACCAGGAAUUCCAGAAGGAGACUUGGUGAGUCCCUCGAGGUACCACUGGAGACGGAGAGCAUCGCCAACGUCGAGGCCCAGAUAAAUCAACAUUUUUUGCAUCUACAUGGUGUCCUUCAGAAUAUCGAAGGGAAAAUUAUUGAAUCUGUUAGGGCUCAGAGUCAUCUCCAGGAGAGAAACCUGCAGGAGAUUGAUAUGCAACUCAAAGAGACGGAGAAAGAUCUGGAGGCUGGAAUUUUGGUGGCGACUUCUGUAAAGCAGCAUUUUGAUAGUGUACAUCUCGCCGAUGUAAUAGAAAAACUCGUCGCCCUUGCUGAGAGCCCGUGCUACUUGGCGCAAAAUCCACUAAAAUCCAACAUCAACAUUCAAUUCCACUCGAAACUGGUGGACAUUGUCCCCUGCCUGGAGAAACACUGCAGACUGGAUAUGGAGGCAAUACCACUGUCAGCUCAGCUGCUGCCUAGAUCUCACCUGCCAGUUGACAAUCUUCCAGACCUGUCAAAUGAGGCCUCAAACAUUCCAGAUCUCUUCCUGAACAGUGAUUUCGCCCAGACAAUUGCCUCACAGUCUGCCAUGUCCCUAUCCUCCCUGGAAUCCUCCAGCACACCUCCCACAACCGAGACCCUCCUCGCCCCGACCCUCCCCCAGGAUACUACCUCCAGAAAAACUUACUACGACGUCUACGUCACCCACAUAGAAUCCCCCUCGCAUUUCUUCAUUCGCCAUGCCUCGAGGAACGUUCACUGGGCGACAGUCCAGGAGAAGCUCAAGAAUUACGAGCACGCUGAGAUACCUGAGGAGAUUAAAAUCAGAAAAGUCUACGCUAUAAAUACUGGUGAUUGCUGGCAAAGGGCUUCCAUCAUCGGCAGUAUUUCCGAUGAAGAGAAAAACAUCAAGACUUAUGAUGUGCAGUUCAUUGACACUGGUGCACAGAUGAAGGGAAUUAUCAAAGAGAAUAUCAGAGAGCUCGAGGGGUCGCUGAUCGAGAUCGAGCAACUCGCUGAGAAACACUCCCUCUACGACAUCAAGCCCAAAGGUAAGACAACCUGGGAUCCAGCAGCUCGUGAAGCCAUGCUCGAAGUUGUUAAAUACGCUGACGGCUCAACACUCAUCAUGAGACAGUACGAGGACAGUGAUGAUGGUAUCGACAUCCUCUGUCCCAACAAAAAGAAAUGGUACUCACAGUCCAUCAGGGAUCAUCUGGUUUUUCUCGAUCUCGGGGUUUACGAGAAUCACAAGAAGCUGUACAGCAUCAAUCCUCAGUCGAUUGCUAUGCUCCAUAACGAUGGGUUUGAGCUUGAUAUUAUUACAUUCGUUACACUCACUGAGGCCUGCGAUCCUGAUGCCAAUCCCAAUUGUAUGUAUGUGAGAAAGGCCAGUUACACUGACUCCACGUUCGCGAAGAUGAUGAAUGAUCUCCAGAGGGACUAUGACAGGAAUAAACAUACAAGGGGAAAAGUUUAUACACCAGAGAUUGGUCUCAUCUGUGCGGCACGUUCCUCUGCGAGGAAGUGGUAUCGCGCUGUAAUAGUAGAUACCCCGGGUAGACAGCAGGUCGAAGUCUUCUACGUGGACUUUGGAUUUAAGGAUAUUAUCGAGUACAAGUAUUUGCGUCAGUUGGACACGGAAUUCAUGAAGGCAGCCACUCGAGCGAUUAAAGUAUCUCUGAAAGAUGUGGUCCCUGUGAAUGGCAAGUGGUCCCCCGAGGCAAUGGUACACUUACGAGGAUGGAUGCAGGAGUACGUCAAGCUCAUCGCCUACGGGAAGACCGAUGAUUGCUGGUUAGUGUCACUGAUCGAUGUUCAGAACAACGAGAAUCUGAACGCUCGACUGGUUACGAUGGGUUUCGCCGAGAGUACAGGGCCGGCAUCGAGACCUCGGCCUCUCAAGAGAAUUCCUGAGCUGCUUUGUUCUCCAGAGUCAACGAUGAUGAAGCAAAGACGACAGAAGAGCAAAUGGAAGAAGCUGAAGAAGCGGCAGGAGAGCUCGUCAGAGGCUUCAACGAAAGACGCUCCCAUGAUCAAGGACAUCAAGGAGGACGAUCCCUGGAAGGUGCAUGUAAAACCCCUGAGGGUCGUCUCUCCAGACGAGAUCUACGUAUCACCUUAUGAUAUCGAGGCCUCGAAACGAUACACAGAGAUGAAUAAAAUUCUGCAAAAGACGUACAGAACCUGCAAGGCAAGUAAAGAUCGUGCCUGGUCAGUAGGAAAUGUAUGUGUGAUCAGCCUGAAGACCUCGAAUGUCUACAGGAGGGCUCAGAUCAUGGAGAUCAGAUCUCCAGAGGAGGUUUCUGUGUAUCUUCUCGAUGUGGGUGAAACCCUCGUCAUUCAUCUCCAGGACAUUCAGCCCCUCUUCGAAAAAUUCAACGAUUUUCCAGCUAAUGUUUUCAGGGUGAAAUUGGGCGGCAUUUAUCCACCUGGGGGCUCGACCCACUGGCCUACAUCGUCGUGCAGCAAACUCGCAGAAAUUGUUGAAGAGAAUCAGGGCUCGAGAUUUUUCAUAUCCAAGAUCUCUGAGGAUGAGGGGCCUAUGGUCGUUGAUUUUUUCGUGGAGGAGAUCAAGUCCGUUGGUGCUCUGGAUCCAGCUGUCAGGGAGAUAAAUCUUAUCAAUUGGAAGCUGGUGGAUGCUGGGCUUGCACUGCCCAUCAGAAACUUCAGUGGCACAAAAGUGAAGAUUUUGGGGGUUGACGUGGAGAAGGAACUCGUCAUCGGGGACAAGAAUCCUGUUGUCGAGGAGGGAUCUGAUGGAAAGGAGACGAGUGACAACGACACCGAUGAUUCAGGAACAAUCCGGGAUUAUGAGUCUGAUACGUCUGAUGUACCUGUAGAAGAGCCCAAUAUUUACUGUGUUCAACUCAAGGAGGGGCUGCCAUCGUGGCUGCCUCCUGAAAAAAUCUCUGAGGAUCAGUUCACGGGGCUGGGGCAGUUCGUCGACUGGCAGGCGUUCGUUUAUCUCCAGACACCAGAGCAGGAUCUCAAACUCAAGGAGAUCAAUAAAAUCAUGCAGGAAUUUUACUCUCAGGAUGGAGACGUUACUACGAUAGACGACUGGAGUAAUGGGGAUCUCUGCAUUGCCCAAAUGCAUCAGUUCAAGACGUGGCACAGGGCCCAGAUCAGGGGCAAGAAGAACAAUCACUGUGUCGUGUGUUUCAUUGAUUAUGGAAAUAUCGAGUGGGUGCAGCCCAAAUAUCUUCGAAAGAAACUCAUGUUCGAAGAUGUCCCCACGCUUAUUCACAAGUGCAAAAUUUCCAAGAUGAGACCUACUCAUGCUUAUCAGCAGUGGACCAAACUCGACCUUGAUAGACUCCACCUUAUCCUUGUGGACAGGAAGUGGAGGGUCAAUAUCGUUGACAAGCUGCCUCAGUACUUGGAAGUCGUCGUGGCUCAUCCAUCUUGGCCCUAUGACAAUGUCGUCGACAUCAUGAGGAAAUUAUAUGGCAUAGAAGUGACUAAUAAUGAUAGCUCUGAUAGUAGUGAGCUGGGUGUUGUCAUUGAAGAGGAACACGCUGAAAAUGAUAAUGGAGAAAUGCUGAUGUCUGAGAUUGAUCUUGAUGCUCAGUAUCUGUCUGACAGUCCUGAGGAUGCCUCUAUCUCCUACGAUGAAGCUGUCAGUGCGUACCACGAAAAAGUCGUCAGGGAUAUGUUCGAUAAUUGCGUUGAGAUUUAUCCAAGUAUCACUUUGCCGGAUGGGGUACCGAUGUUCUACGGUGCCCUGGGGGAGGUCUCCUCGGAGAGGGCCACCACUGUAUGGGUCCAUCCAGCGGCAACACCUGGCUGUGAAUUUCUCACAGUAAUUGCCCAGAUAUAUAACAAAUUGAUGAAGGAGAUAGAGAAGGAGGCCGAGCACCAGCCACUCCUGGAGGGAAUCGAGCCUGGAGUGCCGUGUUGUGCUAUCUACGAAGCAGAUUCCACCUGGUACAGGGGGAGAGUUCUGUCAAUCAUGAAUGAUGGGGAAAGCACUUUCGUUCAGGUCGUCUUUGUCGAUUGGGGAAAUUCUGAGUGGCUCAAACCCACUGAUUUGAGAGUACCCAAGGAUGAGUGGCUCAGGGUACCUGCAACUGUUAUCAAAUGCUAUUUACAUGAGCUCAGGGUCGGUGAGAACAACUCCAUGGCCAGGAAAUGGCUCAAGAAAUUUGCCACCUCCAAGGAUCAUCCUCUCACGAUCACUGUUGAGGCUAGAAUUGAGGCGGAACUCAGUGUUAAAAUUUUUGUAGACACAGAAUGCGAGAAGUUGUUAUAUCAAUCCCUUCUGGACAACGGUAUGCUCAAAAAGGAUCCGAAGAAGAUCCUCGAGGAGUAGCUCCCUCAGAUCCUCCGGGAGA